CAGGUUCCCAGAGUUUAUUGGCACUCAUGUGGCUGUUACAUUUUUUUGAUAUUUAAACAACCCACAUUAUUCAAAACCAGGUACAGUCUGAAGGUGGGAAAUACAGUAAUACCCAAGGGACUUCAAAAGAACAAAAAGAUCCUUGAGCUGUGCAAAGAUCUAAAUUAUGCAAGCUGCAGAAAUCCUAGGUGAAUAUUACCAUACCUUUUCAGAUCGUUUUCUUCCCUCCAUGGUGGUAAACAACCUUUCAGAUCCAUACGGAUUAGGUUACUUAUCUGCUUUGGUCUUCAGAAUGAAUCCAAUGGACCUCUUCUCAGAAUAAUGUUUUAAAAUGCUUAACGGAACGAAGGGGAAUUAUACUGAAAUACAGUUCUGGUAUCUAAACUUAGGAUAUUCAAGCAUUUCUAUUCCGCCCUCCUAACCUCCCAUGUCUACCAAGGAGGCUUUCUCUACCUUCCUCAGAAAAGUCAAGGAGAGACGGCGAGGCCGGUGUGUAAGUUAUGUGAGUGGAGAAGAGUAUGGGAUGGGCUACUGAAGUGUUUCUGAGGUGGUAUCAAUGUCUUCCUUCCUCUUCUCUCUAGAAUCUUCUCAUUUCACUAUCCUUCUCCAGAUCUAGCCCAAUUGUUAUCCUCCUACCUUUCCAUUCUCGGCCCCGCCCACUCCUCUAGGCCCCACCCAAGGCCACGCCCCCUGCUUGAGACCCGCCUUCUCCUCAGCUCCCUGCCAAUCACGCUGGGGCUGCCCUGUAGUCUCGCCCUGGAGCUCCCGCCGUGCUGGCCCGCUUUGGGCGAAGAAGCCAGAGCUGCGGAGGGAUGGACCCGGUAGUGGGCGGCUUUUCGGAGGGGCAGUUCCUGGAGGCCUGCGCCGAGCUCGAGCAGCCGGUGUUGGCUGGGGCCGACUGGCAGCUGCUGGUGGAGUCCUCGGGUAUCAGCGUCUACGGGCUGUGGGACCAGCAAACGGGACUUUAUGAGUAUAAAGUCUUUGGCGUUCUGAAGAAUUGCUCACCAGCUCUACUUGCAGAUGUCUAUAUGGACGUAGCCUACAGAAAACAGUGGGACCAGUAUGUUCAAGAACUCUACGAACGAGAAUGCAAUGGACAGACUGUGGUCUACUGGGAAAUGAAGUGCCCUUUCCCCUUUUCCAACAGAGAUUACGUCUUCAUCCGGCAGCGGCGAGAGCUGGACGUGGCCGGCCGGAAAAUCCACGUGGUCCUGUCCCGGAGCACCCUUGUGCCUCAGCUCGGUGAGAAGUCAGGGGUUGUCCGGGUGAAGCAGUACAAGCAGAACCUGGCGAUUGAGAGUGACGGCAAGCAGGGCAGCAAAGUUUUCAUGUAUUACUUCGAUAACCCGGGUGGCCAGAUUCCGUCCUGGCUCAUUAACUGGGCCACCAAGAGUGGAGUGCCAAACUUCUUGAAAGACAUGGAGAAAGCCUGUCAGAACUACCCCAAGAAAACCUAAGAAAGAGAAUUGGUAGUGUUGCAUCUGUAGGACGAUGUCUCCGGAAGUGCCACCACCCACUGACGCCCAGCCUUCCUCUCUGCUUCCGUUUUGAGAGGCUUGCACACUCUAGGGCUAAGUUCCUAGCACUUCGCCUGACAAUGAGCUUACUCACCUGCUUCCUUUCUCACUCUCCCUACCCUGGGGUUAGCUGCCUCUUCUAUGAUUGAAUAUGAGAUUGAAUAGGAACGGAUUAGGAACCUUUGCUUGUUUACUUUUAAGAAGGGACAUCUUCAGUAGGGAAUACAGUCACUGCAUUGUGCCAUUAUAGGGGGAUGGGUGGGUGGAGAGCCAACAACAAAACAUAAGAGUGACAUUCCUAGCAAGCUGGCUUCUUCUCAGACUGGGAGUUCUUCCGGCCUAUGAGGAGCCUUUGGAAGUGUCAUCCUAUUCAGAGUUGAUUUUAAGUGCACCCAAACUGGAAGACAUACAUAGUCAAUGACCAUUUGCCUUCUCCUUUGCUGAGUUGACUAGGCUGGAAUUUGAGGGGAUGACUCAGACAGUCUUUGCUCAUCCUGUGGAAAAUCAUUAGCUAUCUCAAAUAGCUUCUCAAAUUGGGAGAAGCUUUGCAAGCCUGAGUGAGCAUGUAAUGUCAUAACCGUUUUCUUCUUCAUUGUCCUUGUCUGUUUUUUUCUCUUUUACCAUAUACCACUGGAGAAAGGCUGCCCAUACCUCUUUAACUCUGCAUUUUACUGGAAACUGAGGCAUCAAGAUGGCUGUAACAGCUAGCAAAAGCAAAGAUGGGUUGUGCAUAACAUUGUGACAAAAUGUCUUCCCAUGCAAUAAGCUGGAUUUCCCUUCUAGAAUGUCUGGAGAUGUGAGGGAUAAGAGUUCACAGUCAGGUAAAAUUUAAUUGGUGGCUUGGUUGGCUCUGCACGUUUUUCUCAGGAAUUCUACCCAGUUUGUCUAAAUUUUCCACCACAGAAAGGGCUUUCAGUUUCAUCCCCAAUUUUGGUAGGGUAUACUAUAUCUGUUAGCCAAGGGCACAACCAUGAUGAUCUCAGGGAAAACUUUUAAUCACUGCAUGUAAUGGUACUGAACCUUGGUUAACGAGCAUAGAAAUUCAGGUUAUAAAGACCGAGGACAGGAUUUAUUAAAACUGGAUACCUCAGAUUGUGUUUUCUUUAUGGGAAAAUAAAGCAUAUUCUAUUAGG